AACAUUUGUACCUUAAUGACUCAAUGCUUUAUUUAACCACAUGCGUCAGGAUCUAACCCUCUAAUCUAAGUACUAUCCAGUCUUAGUAUUAAUUUUAAAGUGACGGUGUGUGCUUUGGACAAAUCCGACCUUUCAGAGUGUCGACUGCCAGGCGGUUUUAGAAUUUAGGACAACAAAGUUGACUUUAGACAUGGAAGUCUUUGGUGUUUCCCUGUCUUUAUGGACUGUAGUGACCACGGUUUUGUUACUUUGGAUUAUAUCAGUGAUAUAUGAAUGGUUAUCUCAUCUUGCAUGGAGGAGAAAAUACAAGCUACGAGGAGAUUUCCCACUACCACUGGUUGGAAACUUGUUUUCUGUUACAGGCCAGAAAUGGGAAAAAGUAGAUGAUAAAAUGUUAGAGAAAUACGGACCAGUAUCUGUGAUUACUUUUGGUAAAUUUACAACCAUUAAUGUAUCUGAUACUGGUUUGCUGAAGAAAAUAUUUAUCAAAGAUCAUUUGAACUUUCAAAACAGAUUUACAGCAGAGUCACUGGACACAUGGCCAAUGAAUCAAACACUGAUAGCAUUGAAGGGUGAUCAAUGGAAACGUGUGAGACAUAUUGUAACACCAACAUUCAGUACUGGUAAAAUAAAAAUGAUGGUGAAAGAGAUGAACUAUUGUGCUGGACUGCUUACUACUGGUCUAAUGGAGAAAGCAAAAGCUGGUGAAUCUAUUGACUCUAGGAAACAUUUUGGCUGUUACACUAUGGAUGUAAUUGCUGGAACAGCUUUUGGGAUUAGGACAGAUUCGUAUAAUAAUCCUGACGAGCAGUUUGUAUCUCUUGCUCAACAAGUGUUUGGACAGUCAGCGUUAAACCCAUUGAUCAUGUUUGCCGUGUUUUUUCCAAGAAUUGGCAGUUUUAUGGUUCAAUGGUUGGGAGUAUGUCUGUUUUAUUCCAAAAAAGCGCUUAGCUUCUUUACUGAUGUCAUAAAGGCUAUCAUCAAUGAAAGACAGGAAAAGGGAGAUACAGGGAGGACAGACAUGUUACAGUUGAUGAUGAAUGCAAACUUUGAAGUGGGAACAGAAGAGACGAAAGAAAAUAGUCAGUCUGGAAAAAAGCUUUUGCUAGACGAAUUGCUUGGCAUGGGAAUUGUUGUGUUUGCAGCUGGCUAUGAAACAACCGCUCUCUUGUUAACUUACCUGUCUUACAUACUUGCCACACAUCCAGAUGUACAGGAUAAACUUCUAAAAGAAGUAGAUCAGCAUUUUCCAUCUGAUGACACAGAGGUAAGAUACGAUGUGGUUAUGGAAAUGCCGUAUUUGGAUCAAGUGAUUUGUGAAACACUACGGAUGUACCCACCUGUUAACAAGAUGAACAGAGUGGCGUCAAAGAAUGACAUUGAGAUAGAUGGACACUGGUUCCCACAGGAUACAAUUAUAGGGUUCUCAAUUUGGCAAGUACACCACUCUCUUGGUUACUAUCCAGAGCCAGAGCAAUUCAAACCUGAAAGAUUUACCCACGAAGAAAAGGCUAAACGUGAUCCCUUUGUAUUCAUGCCGUUUGGUCAUGGUCCAAGGAAUUGUAUUGGGAUGAGACUUGCAUUGCUUGAGGCCAAAAUAGCCACUGUAUCGGUGUUGAGAAAGCUUAAGUUUGUAAAAUGUCCGGAGACUGCUGAACAUCUUGAUCUUAUUAAAGAAACAUUUAUGAAACCAAAGAAUCCAGUAAAAGUUGGUGUAGUUGUUCGUUAAAAUGUGGGAUAGUCGACAGAUAAAACAACUUGAGCAUUUUGCCUGAAAAAAAAAUUUGAUAACGUAUUUAGAAUAGGAUUUAGAGACAAGACAUCCUAAUAAAAUAAUGAAAUGGAUUUUCUUUAGUGAAAUGCGUUCUGAUUUUAUGCCAUUUAUUCAUAGUUAUAAUUCGUAGAUGAAGUCCAGUUUCUUUAGGAAUUUUACUUUUUUGUCUAUUUUUAUACCAUGUUUACGUAAAAGUCACGUGCUAAACAAUUUGACAACUGUUUUUGGUUGUAUUGUAUUAAAAAUAUAUGCACAUUUAUGCAGGCCUUAUUUAUCAUCAGAAGACGGAGACUCAUAUCUAGAAUUGGAACUUGCAAUGCUAAAUGAUACGUUUAUUCUAUCUUUAUUGAAAUCUACACAACUUGGAAUGAAAUUAGUGAUAUACAUUAUGCAGGGCCAUAUACAUGUA